AUGUGCGUCGCGUUGGGGCGGCGGCGCGGCGGCGCCGCCGCUGUCGUCGUCAGCAGCCGGCCGGAGACCGCCAAGGAAAUCCUUCGAGGGUCAUCCUUUGCGGACAGGCCGGCAAUGGAGACGGCGCGGCUGCUAAUGUUCGACCGGGCUAUCGGGUUUGCCCCGUCGGGGGAAUACUGGCGGCGCCUCCGCCGGAUAGCAUGGACGCACGUGUUUUCUCCGACGAGAGUGUUGGCGGCGGAGGGACGGCGGGCGGCGGUGGCGGAGGGGAUGGCGGCGGCGGUGAGGGAGGGGAUGAGAGAGAGAGGGGUUGUGGAUGUGAGAGAAGUUGUGGGGAGAGGGGCUUUAGAGAGUGUGGUGGAGAGUGUGUUUGGGAGUUUGGAGAGAGAGAGAGUUGGGGAAUUAGGGUUUAUGGUUAAGGAAGGGUAUGAGGUAAUGGGGGUAGGGGUGGGGUGGGGGUGGGGGUGGGGUGAGUAUUUGGGGUUAGGUUUUUUGGAUAUUGGAGGGGUGAGGAGAAGGUGCUGUAAAUUGGGGAUUAGGGUUAGGGAAUUUGUGGGUGAGAUAGUGAGAGAGAGGAGGAGAUCUAGAGAGAGAGAGAUUAUGGAUAGUUCGAUGAGUACGAGGAAUGAUGAUUUCUUGAGUGUGCUGCUGUCACUGCCUAAGGACGAUCAGCUCACUGAUCCAGACAUCGUCGCUGUGCUUUGGGAAAUGGUAUUCAGAGGAAUUGACAAUAUUGCCAUUCUCCUCGAAUGGACCAUGGCGAGAAUGGUCCUCCACCGGGACGUCCAGGCGAGGGUACAAAAGGAAAUUCAUAUGAACGUCGCUGCGGGAAAGGAGGUCCAGGACUCCGACGUCCCGAACCUGCCGUACCUCCAGGCCACCGUGAAGGAGAUCCUCCGGCUUCACCCUCCCGGGCCUCUCCUCUCCUGGGCUCGCCUCGCCAUCCACGACGUACACGUGGACGGCUGUCUGAUCCCCGCCGGCACGACGGCGAUGGUCAAUAUGUGGGCCAUCGCACACGACCCGUCCAUCUGGCCCGACCCGUGGGCAUUCAAACCCGACCGCUUCAUGGAGCGCGAAUUCUCCAUCUCCGGCUCUGACCUGCGGCUCGCCCCGUUCGGGUCGGGUCGCCGGGCGUGCCCCGGUCGGGCCCUCGGGUUGGCCGCCGUGCACCUCUGGCUUGCGAGGCUGUUGCAGCGGUUCGAAUGGAUUCCGGAUCCUGCCCACCCGGUCGACCUCGAUGAGUGCUUGAAACUGUCUCUGGAAAUGAAGACGCCAUUGCAGUGCUGUGCAGUUGAAAUUUCUGAAAAUUGAAUGUGCAGAGAAUAUGGAUAGAGAAUGGGGGACGACGACGACGACGACGACGAUGGCCGUGGAGGUUAGUCAGCUUUUAGUGUAGUACCGCAGGCUUCGAUUGGUGUACCUCUGGAAUUGAGGGUUGUUAAGCUUUCGAGUGUAGUACCAUAGGCUUCGAAUGGUGUACAUCUAGAAUGGAGGUUGGUUUGUAGGGGCUUGGUUAUGUAGUACUAUAAUUAACUGGUUUAAAUGAUAAUAAUAAU